AUGGCCAAGAAUAUAAGACUGAAUGGUAUGAGAUGUUUAACGGAAUUGUUCAAAAUCAUUGGUGAUAAAUUUGAUUGGUCAGAUUAUUAUGACUUGAUCUAUACUAAUUUGUUGAAUCCAAGAAUGAACAAUUUUGCUGAUCAAAAUUUACAACAACCAUCAGCAAUGUUGAAAUUGAUUGGAUUUUGGAUCACUCAAUCAAACAAUUUACCAUUCUUGUACAUGGAUGAAUUUGCCCCAGUAAGAGCUAUUUUAUCUUUAUUGGGCAGAACAGAAGCUAAAGAAUCAGUUAUGAAUACUGUUUUAGAUUUCACAAUUAAUUCAUUAGAAAGAAAAGAUGAAAUGGAUGAAAGAUUCUUCACCUUAUUGGCAUUUGUUGUUGAUUCUUUGUUACAAAACUUGCCACAAAUUAUUGCAAAUAUCUAUUCUAAAGAAAUGGGUGCACGUGCAAUCAAAUGUUUGUUGUUGUUAAUUUCUGGUAAUUAUAUUGAAGAUCAAGAAACUAAAGCUUCAUUAAUUGGCUCAUUAACAUUAGCUCUCGAAAAGAAUAAUGCGCAAAUUGAUCUUGAUAACAAAGCAAAUAUUCUUGUUUCUUUAUCAUCUUUGAUUGAUGGUUAUGAUUGUACAUUUGAAGAAAUUUUACCAUUGUACAAAGUCAUUUCUAAAUUAUUCAAGAUGUUUGUCGCUAAAAAUGUUCGUGAAACUUUGGUUAUUGUCAUUAAUUCAAUGGGUAAUAAAUUCAAAGAAAUUGAACCUAUUUCAGGAGUUAUUUCCGGCUUGAAUUCAUAUACUGAAAGAAUGAAUGAGUAUGAUUUUGAAAAAAGACUUGAAUCUUAUAGAUUGGUCAAUGAGGAAUUAUAUAAGUCAUUAACUCCAAUCCAAUGGUUACCACUUUUAUAUUGUGCUUUGUUUUUCAUUAAUGAUAAAGAUGAAUUAGCAAUCAGAGUCAAUGCAGGUUAUAUGUUGAAGAGAUUUGUUGAUUGUUAUUCUGCAUCAGAACAUCCAAAUGAAUACAUUAGAUUAUUAAAAGAUAUUAUUCUUCCAAACUUGAGAAUUGGUAUUAGAAAAGAAAAUGAAGAUGUUCAAACUGAAUUUAUCUUGUUGUUAGAAUAUAUCAUUGAACAUUCUAAUCAUUACACUGAUUUAGAAGAUAUGAAAGUAUUAGUUGGUCAUGAAGAUGAUGAAGAUAAUUUCUUUCAAAGUAUUAACAACAUUCAAUUGCAUCGUCGUCAAAAAGCCAUUAGAAAAUUAUGUGACUAUAAGAAUGACUUGAAAGAAGGUAGUAUUUCCCAUUACAUUUUGCCUAUAAUUGAAGGUUAUGUUACUUCAAAGGAAGAUAAAUACAGAAAUAUUGGUUUAGAAGCAUUGGAAACUAUUGGUGUUUUAUUAAGAUCAAUCACUUGGAAUCAAUACAAAGCAAUUGUUAAAAGAUAUAUUGCCAAUUUGAAAUCUCAAGAUGGCUUGAAACAAAAGGUCAAUUUAAUUGUAUCUGUCUCAUUUGCAUUAUCAGAAUCUAUUAAACAAGGUACCAAUAAGAACCUUCCUGAUCAAGAAGAACUUGAUCGAUUUAUCUUGUUUGAAGUUUCUCCACCAUUAUUAAAGAUCUUACAAGUACGUGAUGAUGACACUAUUGUUGCUAGAGCACCAUUAGCAGAAGCUUUAACUAAUUUCAUGUUGUGUAUUACCAAAGAUAAAAUCGAUGGUGAAUUACCAGGUAUUUUAACAAGUACUUGUCAAGUUAUGAGAUCAAGAUCUGAAGAAUUAAGAGAUGCGAUUAGAAAAACUUUGGGUAAGAUUGCUAUUUCAUUGGGUCCAGAAUAUAUGACUUUUAUUCUUAAAGAAUUGAAAACUGCUUUGUCUAGAGGUUCACAAAUUCACGUUUUGAGUUUCACUGUUCAUUAUUUGUUAACUUGUAUUAAUUCCGUUUUGAAGCAUGGUGAUUUAGAUGAAUGUAUUCAAAUUAUCAUUGACAUUGUUAUGGAAGAUAUCUUUGGUGCCGCUGGUCAAGAAAAAGAUGCUGAAGGUUAUACCAGUAAGAUGAAGGAAGUUAAAUUUAAAAAGAGUUUUGAUACUGCUGAAAUUAUAUCCUCAAAUGUUUCAUUAAAUAAAUUUGGAAACAUUAUUGAACCAAUUAAAUUAUUGUUACAAGAAACAAUUGCACACAAGACUCAAGUUAAAUUGGAUGAAUUGUUGAGAAGAUUAUCUCUUGGUUUGAAUCAUAAUGAACAAGCUUCCCAUAUUGAAAUCUUGCAUCUUUGUUAUGAAAUCUAUAUGAUGUCAAAGGAAAAUGAUGAAGUUCAAGAAGCUAAAGUUUCAGAAAAAGAACAACAUUUCUUGACUACAUUGGAAAGAAAGACCAAGAAACAUGUUGAUAAAUCGCUUUUUAAACAAACCAUGCAAAGACUUUCAUUUGAAUUGUUAAGAACUGCCAUUUCUCGUCAUGAUAAUUUAUUAACUGUGGGUAAUUUACAAGGAUUUGUUCCAUUAUUAGAAGAAGGUGUCAAAUCAGAAAAUGAUACUGUUAUUACUGCCUCGUUGAAAAUCUUAAACAUGAUUAUUCGUUUACCAUUCCCUGAUCAAUCUAUAUUCAAGGCUUGUGCAAGAAGAUCAUUAGUUUUGAUUAAAGAUUCUCCAUCCACAAACCUGGAUGUUUGUCAAGCAGCUUUGAAAUUCUUGGCUACUACAAUCAGACAUAAUCCAGAAGUCACUAUGAAACAAUCAGCUAUUAGUUAUGUAUUAACAAGAAUUCAACCUGAUUUAGAAGAACCAAAUCGUCAAGGUUUGGCAUUCAAUUUUUUGAAAGCUGUUGUUGCUCAACAUAUAAUGAUUCCAGAAAUCUAUGAUUUAAUGGAUAAUGUCGCUAAACUUAUGAUUGUUAAUCAUUCUAAAGAAAUUAGAGAUAUGUCAAGAAGUGUUUAUUUCCAAUUCUUAAUGGAAUAUGAUCAAGGUAAAGGUAAAUUGGAAAAGCAAUUUAAAUAUUUGGUUAGCAAUUUAUCUUAUCCUACUGAAGAAGGUAGACAAUCAAUUAUGGAAUUGAUUCAUUUGAUUAUUAUGAAAGCUGGGUUGGAAUUAUUGACUAAAUUAGCCAGUUCUUUCUUUGUUGCUCUUUCCAGUAUUUUAAUUUCUGAUGUCUCAAGUAGAUGUCGUGAAAUGGCAAGUGCUUUGAUUACUUCAAUCCUAAAGAAAUUGGAUAACAUUGAUAACAUUGAAAAAUAUUGUAUUUCAUGGUUAAAACAAUCUUCAAACAGUUUAUUAAAAAGAUGUGGUUUUAGUGUUUACAAAUUAAUCAUCAAUGUUUAUGGAAUGGGUAAGAAUAAAGAAUUGGAUAAAAUCGCUAGUGAUAACAUCUUAAGAAUCAUUGAAAGUGCAAAGAAUGAUGCAGAUGAUGAGAAUACCAAAAGUGAAGAUGUUGAAUGGGAAUUGCUUUAUUCAUCUCUUUCAACAUUCAGUUCCAUUGCUUCUAACAUUAAAGAAAAGAUUUUUGAAUAUGGUAAAAUCUGGCAAGGUAUUAUUGAUGUUUUAUUAUUCCCACAUUCAUGGAUAAGAUUAAUUUCAUGUCGAUUGGUAACUAUAUUACUUUCAAGUGAAGAUGCAUAUGAAGAUUAUGAUUUACCAAUAAUCGCCAAUAGAUUAAUUCAUCAAUUAAGAGCUCCUUCAAUUUCAGAAGACUUGGGUACUCAAAUAACCAAGAAUUUAGUAUUGAUUGCUAUGAAAUGGGAAGAUCAACAAACUAAAUGGGAUGAAGAAAUUGCUAAUGAUGUUAUGUUAUCAAAAAUAUGUGGUAUCAUUAGACUGGAACAAGUUCAUUCAUUGGUAUCUAAGAAAUCAUGUAUUAAAUUGACUGCUAUGUUUAUUCAAUUUACUAAAGAGGAUAGAAUUCUCAAGAUUUCUGAGAUGAUUAUUUCUGCAUUAUACAAUUAUACCGAUUCACAAUAUGCAACUCCAGAUGAUGAAUUGACUAAUUUGAGUACAGAAGCAUUGGAUUUGGUUAAAGAAAAGAUUGGUACUACAGAAUAUACCAAAUUGUACUCACAAGUUAAACGUAAUGUUAACAUUAGAAGACAAGAAAGAAGGGCAAAGAGGUCACAACUUGCGGUGUCUGCUCCAGAUAUUGCUGCUAAGAGAAAGUUAAAGAAACAUGAAAGAGUUAGAGAAAAGAGAAAGCAUGAAAAGGAUGCUAAUGGUUAUUAUAAAGCAAAAAAGAAGAGAAUGAUUUAA